AUGCUGCAGGACUGCCCGAAGGCCCGCCGGGAAGUGGAGCUGCACUGGAGAGCGUCGCAGUGCGCGCACAUCGUCCGCAUCAUGGACGUCUACGAGAACCUCUACCAGGGGAGGAAGUGUCUGCUCAUCGUCAUGGAGUGCUUGGACGGCGGGGAGCUCUUCAGCAGAAUUCAGGACAGGGGAGACCAGGCCUUCACAGAACGGGAGGCUUCAGAGAUAAUGAAGAGCAUUGGGGAAGCCAUCCAGUACCUGCACUCGAUCAACAUUGCGCACCGGGAUGUGAAGCCGGAAAACCUCUUGUACACGUCCAAAAGGCCCAACGCUGUGCUAAAACUCACGGACUUUGGCUUUGCUAAAGAAACCACCACGCACAACUCCUUGGCCACGCCGUGCUACACGCCAUACUACGUGGCCCCGGAGGUGCUGGGCCCAGAGAAGUACGACAAGUCCUGUGACAUGUGGUCCCUUGGAGUCAUCAUGUACAUUCUGCUCUGCGGGUACCCCCCUUUCUACUCCAACCACGGCCUGGCCAUCUCACCUGGCAUGAAGAAGCGAAUCCGAAUGGGCCAGUACGAGUUUCCCAAUCCUGAGUGGUCCGAAGUGUCAGAGGAAGUUAAGCAGCUGAUCCGCAACCUGCUGAAGACGGACCCGACCCAGCGCAUGACAAUAACAGAGUUCAUGAACCACCCCUGGAUCAUGCAAUCCAUGCAGGUGCCCCAGACCCCGCUGCACACCAGUCGUGUGCUGAAAGAGGAGAAGGAUCUGUGGGAGGAUGUGAAGGAGGAGAUGACGAGCGCGUUGGCCACCAUGCGAGUGGACUACGAACAGAUCAAGAUCAAGAAGAUCGAAGAUUCCUCCAACCCUUUGCUGAUGAAGAGGCGGAAGAAAGCAAACCCCACGGAGCCUGCUGCGCUGCCCCACUGAGGGUGCCCCGCACCCGCCUGCCCUCCACAAAGCAAUAACUAUAUAUAUAUAUUUUUUAAGGAAAACACAAAAAAAGACUGUUCUAUGAGCGCAUGGAAUUCAGACCUUUAUACCAGACUAGUUAUUUUUAGCUACUCACCUGUGCUUCUGACCUUCCUGGUAAGAUUCCCCCCAAAUCAGAUCCACACGCUGCGGCCGGGGGUUUGUCCUGUAGGUGGGAUACGGCCGGUAAUUGGAGUUUAUCUUCUGUUGUGAAACGGUUUU